AUGAUGCUAGAUAACAGGAAAAUGAUUGCCAUACCAUCAAUUGAGAGAUACAGGGGCAACGAAUUAGCGAAAAUACUAGAAUUCGACGUGGAUAUCUGUAUCUACAGAAGAGAAACUAGACCAAAGAGAGACAAAGCAGAUAAGACUCGACCCGGCAGCCCAGAGAAGGCACGCAAUGCAAAGAGACGUAUUGCCAAGGAGAGGGAAGGGGUGCUUGUUAAAAGCGACGGCAAGUCUUAUGUAUAUCUUGCAAAGAAUCUGAAAGCAGGGGUGAAUCUGCAAAAUGUAGAGAUGGAAAUCUCAAAAAUGCGUGAGACUCGCUGGGAGUUGAAGGGCAAGGCUGAAGAUGUAAGCGAGGCUAUGGAUAAACAGAAGAGAACUAGACCAAAGAGAGACAAAGCAGAUAAGACUCGACCCGGCAGCCCAGAGAAGGCACGCAAUGCAAAGAGACGUAUUGCCAAGGAGAGGGAAGGGGUGCUUGUUAAAAGCGACGGCAAGUCUUAUGUAUAUCUUGCAAAGAAUCUGAAAGCAGGGGUGAAUCUGCAAAAUGUAGAGAUGGAAAUCUCAAAAAUGCGUGAGACUCGCUGGGAGUUGAAGGGCAAGGCUGAAGAUGUAAGCGAGGCUAUGGAUAAACAGGUAAGCGGAGCGAAGACACUGAAGAAAACGGGCCUCGCCAGUACCACAAACGACGACGAGGUAAUAGGAGCCAGAAAUGUUGCGUUAGGUGAAGAAGAGAAGGACUUUAGACUGUCAUCUCUCAGGCCUGUCUAUGGAGAAAGCCAGAAAGCAACCAUAAUAGCGUCAGUUGCAGUGGCGGAUAAGCUUACCAGACUAGGCAUAAUUCACAAAGGAUUGGUCCACUGCCGGAUCCAUGCACGUAGCGAGAGUAGCAGGUGCUGGAAGUGCUGGAUGCAUGGACAUCUCCCAGAUAAGUGCAAAGGGGCAGACAUGUCUAUGUUGUGCCUGAAAUGCGCACAAUGCCAAGAAGAGAGAGUCGUGGUCAUAGAAGAAGUGUCUACUGGUGGACGCAGGAUAUCGCAGAAGCCAGAAAAGAACGCAUUAAAGCUAAGAGAGCAUCAACGAGAAUACAGGGAGGCUAGGAAACUACUCAGAAGACUAAUAGAAACGUCUAAGCGGAACUGUUGGAAGAGACUCUUAGCAGAUGUAGAUAAUGAUGUAUGGGGCAAAGGACACCAAAUAGUGGUCAAGAGACUGCGUUUGGCCUCUUUGGAUAGAAUCCCAUUUGAUAAGAGGUUGGAAAUAAUCAGAACGCUUUUUCCACCAAGUCCUUCACUGCAGGUUGAUUCUGAUUCAUAUAGAGCCAGCAUCCGGUUUGCAAUGGAGGAGCUUCAGGAAGCCGCGACUGGACUGAAGGAUCACAAAGUAUCGGGGCCUGCGGAAAUCAUUCAGCUCGCCGUGAAAGCAGUGCCUGGAAUAUUCUUGGAGGUGACAAAUCGGGCGCUGCGUACGGGAGUAUUUCCAGAUUUCUGGAAACUCGCAAUUAUGGUGCUCCCCAAGAAAAAACACAAACCUAACGGAAUUCCAUCCUCAUAUAAGAAUAUCUCAUUACUAGACGCUGAUGGAGCAUAUGAAACCGAUGCAUACACACAACAUUCUGAUCAAGAUUUAGAUUCAUCAUCAGUUUUAUCGCCUGAAGCUCCUCAAAGUGCAACACCAAGUUCCCGUAACAAGCGAACUCUCAACUGCACAACUUGGACACAGAAGAAAAAUAAAUUUUUGGAUGCUUCCAUAAAAGUAUUGGAAACUCCGCAACAUGAUGUUCUUGAACCACAACAAAUAACAUUUGGCAAAAAUACUGGUCAACAAUUACAGGAUAUUGCAGUUGGACAGAAGAUAAUAGCCCAAAAACUGAUUUCGGAUGUGCUAUACCAUGCAAAAUUGGGAAAUCUCACACAUUCUUCUCAUAUUUCCCUGGGUUACCAACCACUAUCAUAUCAAAGCACAAAUAUUUCAAAACUCAUGCUCCAGGUAUACAACAUCCAUUAA